AUGACCAACAAAAAUAAUAAUCAGACAGCACCACCUGUCUUCCGAAGUGUAAUAUACAGUAGAAAUGAUAGACUUCGUUUGGCCAAUAGUACUGCUUCCAUUUACAAAGGAAAGUUUGAAGAGAAAGUUGAUGUUGCUCUGAAGAGAGUAAAAAUUUGUCGUAAUGACGCUGUACAAAUUGAUACAGACCUUGCAAGUCUCUUAAAAAGGUUAAGACUUGCUGUUGGCGUCAUCAACCAUGACAUCAUUAGAGAAGGCUCCAGAGGAAUAUAUACAAUCUCGACACAAUUACCCACGAAUAUAUCAAACAAGGAGAUAAUCUCUCAGAUAUUAUUUGGGCUCCAGUACCUGCAUUCACGACAAAUUGUCCAUGGUAACCUCAAACCGUCAAAUAUUCUCUUACAACAGAGGAGCGAUGACGAGCUUCUCUUUAAAUUAUCCGACUUUGGCUUGUUAAAAUUACAUAGUCAAACAGAAAACGGAACUGUGGAUUGGCUAGCCCCAGAGAUAUAUGACAUGCGUAGACCUGGGAUCCUCGACUUGGAAAGAAGUUUCUGGCAAAGAAGUGAUAUUUUUCCACUUGGUCUCAUCUUUUAUUUCAUUGUAAGCGACGGUCAUUACGUAUUUAGGUCUCAAGAGGAUAUACAAAAAGGAAAUGCAGAUUAUACAGAUGUUGAUAGUAAUAAACCAUUUUUUAACUUACUAACACGCAUGUUAAAGCCAAAACCAGAUGACAGACCAUUUACCGAGGAUAUAUGGAAGCACCCUGCACUAUGGAGCUGUGAAAGAAUUCUGGACUUUUUUAUUAUGCAAGUAUCUUGUUGAUGGAACGUUCAA